CAAUAUUGCGCAAGAUGAAGUCGCGAUCCCGUCCCAGUGGAAGACGCCCGGCGAGUGUCGGCUGAAAGCUCCGUCAGAAUCAAAACAUUGCCGAGGUCUCCAAUGGUCGCUUGUCAAUGUGUCGUCGCCAUGUGAUUCCGUUUCCGUGACAGGAGGAUUGUUAACAAAAUGAGGCGGAUGAAAAUCCGGGCCGUGCCCAACAUUGGGGGUGGUGGGAACAUACAGCGAGUUAACCAGCAGAGGAAGCCUCCUGAUGUGAACCCUGAUGCUCAGUCAUCCACAGAAACUUCAAAGACGAAGACUGAUACUCAUGGAACUACCAAUACAUUGCUUGAACAAUCUGUAGCAGGUAACUCAUCAAAAACUGAGCUAGUUGAUAAUGGAGAGACUACUGGAAAGAAAGCUGCCAUUACAAUUGAACUAGAUUCUAGUGAUGUAAAGCAAGUUGGAUUGGAAACCGUAUGCUCUAAGUCUGAUAGUCCAACUUUUCACUCAUAUCAAAAUACUUGCAGCAGUGAAGACUGUGAUAGAGAUAAAGUUUGCCCAGAUGUAGAGGUACUACCAACAUUUUCCUCCGAGAAAAGAAAAGAACCAUUAUCAAAUAUUGACGAUGAAAUCCAAGAGGUUGCAGCAACUGAAAGCAUUCAGUGUUUGGGAACCUAUAAAAGAUUGCAUUCUCCACUCAAGCCAAGUUCAACAGAGCUUUCUGCAACUUCAAAUGAAGUUGAAAUUGCUUUAGAGACUCGGAAUGAACUAUCAGCUGCAUUUGAUGGGAAGACAGUCUGUUCAUCACUUGAUAAUGCUGAAAAUUCAAAGUCCAGGUCAUCUUCUGAUGGAAAGACAGUCAAUAUAUCAUUGGAUAAUGCAGAAAAUUCACAGCCCAACAUUAGAAAAUCAAAUGAGAGGAGUCCAAAACAUGACGCAAAUCCAUUGUCCCCUGUUAGUGUUGUAAAUUGUGUAACAGAUGAUGGCAGUAAAGGAACAGGCAAUAUUAGUUCAGUAAGUACAGAAGUGGUAAUAGAUGAUGAGAAACUGAAUGGCACAGAAACUGAAAAAAGUGUUAUAACCUUAGAAAGUGACACGGUAAGUGUAGCCUCAGUUGGCAUGAGUAGGGAAAAGACACCACCUGUACCCCUGGGAACACUCACUAGGAGGCCUAAGAUACGUGCAAAACCAUCAUUUAUUAGUAAUAUUGGAAAGAAAACAUCGAGCCUUAGCAAAAAGGAAGUAAGUGUACCAGUUACUCCUGUAAUUAAAGCACAGACUGCAGAAGUGAUAUUGGAUGAUGAAGAUAAUACUAAUGGUAAUUCAUUAUCCAAAAGCAAUGAGGCUACAUCUAUUGAAGAGAGAAAUGAAGUAGAAAUUCAAGACUCUCAAUGUCUCGGUGCAAAAUCCCAGGAGAUAUUAUUAGAUGAUGGUAAUGACAUACAGGGAGUUGGCAGUAAAGAUGUGUUAACUAAGAGAAAUGAAGGGACUAAUGGAAUCCCAAAUGGUCAUUCUGAUGAUGUCUUGUUUGAGAAAAUAGUUGUAGAUAAAGGAGAGAUGUUGGUGCCACCUGUGCAGAUUAUUUCCCAAGAGAAAUCAUUGCCCAAAGUAGUUGGCCCAAGUAUCAGACGACGUAAAAUUAAUGCAAUGCCGUCCAUAGUGAAAUUUGGAAGAAAACAGACGCUAGGUGUUGAGUCUUCAAGAACUUCUGAUGAUAUAAACCAUGGAAAAUCAGAUCAAGACAAGCAAAUUACCCAGUUGGCUGUUAAUGGAACCAGUAAUAGUGGUAAUAGCAGUAGUAAUGGGACUUUUGAGGUGGAAGAAAAAAUGACAAAGGAAGUUGAUGAAAAGGAAAUUAGUGCCAAACAAAACAAAGAAAUUAUUACAGAAGAAAGCUUUAACUCCUUGUCAUCAGUGCAUACUGAAAAUAAACAGGAUUUGCCAACCUCAACCGAAGAUAGUGAAUCAUUUUUUCCAUUGAAACUAUCACAGUCUGACUCUUCUGAGAAUAGUGGUUCAGCAAACAUAAAAAUAACAGAAAGUAUACCACAAGUCAGUACUGCUGAGAGUACACCGUCCAUAUCCUUGUCUAAUAAUAUAAGGCGAUCUAAGAUUCGUGCGAAGCCUUCCCUUUUUUCUAAAAGAAAGACACUUCAAGUUGAAGUUCAAGAGGAUUUGGUGGAGGUUGGCAAAGAAAGUAAAGUUGCAGAAGGUGCUAAGGACCAAACACAAGCAAGAUUACUUGCGGAAAAGAUAUCGGAGGACAAAGCGGGCAAGACUAGAAAUGAAAUUAGCACUGAUUGUUCUUUAGCAACAUCAGAUAAUGUCAAUAACCAAACACAAACAAGAAUACUUGCUGAAAAGUUAUCAGAUGAGAAAGCUGGUGAGAAUAAAAUUGAGAAAAAUACUGAUCACUGUGAUGCAGUGCCAGAUAGUAUAUGUAAGUCGAAUGAAGCCCUGGAGAGCACACAAUCUGUUUCUAAAAGUAGUGUCAUUGCUAAGAAAAGACAGUUUUCUGAAGGAGGUGGUCAUUUUGAUACUAAAACAAAAAAAGGAACUCUGUAUAAUAGGAAAAAGGUAGAUACUGCAGUAAAUGAAUUAGCCAUUAGUGAUGACAGUGGUGGGGACAAAGAAAAUUCCUCUAAAUGCGUAAGUGUUGGAAAAACUGCAAGACGAGAGCGCCACGUUAAAGAAUCAGGCAAAGUACCAACUUACACUAAAAGUAAAUCAAAAUUGUUGCGACAUGACUCGCAAGAUAAAAAACCGACAGUCAAAUCUGAAAAGAAGUUGAAUUCUAGUGAUAAUUUUGAUAGUGAUUCUGAAGAAAGCUUGCAAAAAAAGAUUUUCAGGGAAAGGAAAGAAAAGUUCAGAAAGAAACUUAGUCAGAGUCAAGGGAAUAUAGAACGUGGUCAGAUGACAAUGUUUGAUUUAAUCUUUUGGAAUCCAAUCAAUAACCCUAUGCCAGGUAGAACUGAAAUGAAUAAAAAGAAGGAUAAUGUCAGUUCGGGUGGUGUAGAUGAUGUAGCUUCAGAUAUUUUGGAAGAACAAAUGGUUGAUGACCUUGGGUUGGAGUGUAAAAGUGUUGCAGAAGAAUCAAAACCUAACUCACCUGGCUCUCACAGAGAUGAAGUAGAGGGGUGUGAUGAAGAUGGUUUAUCCCCCAAAUCAAACCAGCUUGAUGCGGAAAAUUGUGAAGGAGACGAAGACAAAAAAAAGGAGGAGGAUGAAGAGGAGUCUGUUCGUGAUGUUUUUGCACCUCAGGUUAAAAUUGGUCCUAAUGGACAAAUUAUUUUAGAUGAACAAAGUAUAAAAAUUCAGACAACAGCAGCAAAGAAUCGCGAUGAAAUCUUGAGUAAAGCCGAGGUGGUUGAAGAAAGUAACGACACUGCUCAUUAUGGGAAGUGGAAUAAGAAACGAAGACGCUCUUGCGAGUGGACCCUGAAGGAGACUGCGCGGUUUUACAAGGCUUUGUCCACAGUAGGGACUGAUUUCUCUCUCAUGGAAACUCUCUUUACUUGGAGGUCUAGAGCAGAAUUGAAAACAAAAUUCAAAAAAGAAGAACGGACUAAUAGGGAGCUUGUGGAUAGAGCUCUUAAGGAUUCUACGCAGUUUGACUUCACACCAUUUGAUGAGGAGUCUGACUAUGACCCAGAGGAGGACAGGAAAGCGUCCCGUAUUGCCGAGAGAGCAGAGGCCAAACGUAAGCGACUUGAAAUGAAGCAAUCGCAGAAAGAAGAGGAGAGGUUAAGGAAAAAAAUGCAGAUGAGAGAAAAUAUAAAGAGGAAUAAAGAACGCCAAGCAGUACUGAGAAAAGUAAGGAAUCAGAUGAAAUCGAAAAAGAAAGCUAAGAGAACAACAGAUACAGAUCAGUUAAACGAUGCAGUGGAUGAUGGCGUUAGUGCUAGCGAUUCAGAUGCUGAAUAUGAGCCUUCUCAGAAAUUAGGGUUGAAGGCUAGUGGCCAAGAUCCUGUACCAGAUUUGCCAAGGAAAAGAAGAGUUGUGAAACCAAAGUUGAAGAAUAGCGAUCAAGAUCCUGCAGAAGACCUACCAAGGAAAAGAAGAGUGUUGAAGAAGAAAAGACCGAAGACAUGGAAAUCUUCCAGUCCUUUGGAAAUCAGUGAAGUAACUGUUACUGUGGAAACAGUCAAGUCUCAAAAGAGCGAUAUGACAGUUCCUGUUACAUAUGAUACUGGUUGUGAAAUGACAGUUUGUGAGGACGUAUCCUUGUUGGAGUCUACUGGAUUAGACAAGGAAAAAAGUCAGGAUAAACAGAGCACAGAUAUUGCAUGUAGUACAUCAGCUGAUGUGAUUGCAAGCCCUGCCCAUAACAUUAUAUCAUCGGAGUUAAAGGGCACAGUUGGUAGUUCAGAAGUCAGAGUUAUUUCAUCAUCAAUUUCAUCAACUGAAGAGCCAUUAGAAAGCAAAUCAGGUUUUGGGAAUGGUAAGAUGUGGGAUGUACCUCUUUCUGCAGUUAAAGUGAAUGAAGAUGGAACAAAUAGCGUUAGUAUUCCAACUGAAACUGGUGAGAAAAUUGUCCCAGUGCCCCACAUACCUCCAGGAACGUCUAAUGUUUUGGUUGUUGCUACGAAAGGAGUGGAAACCCAAGGCGAUUACAUAUACCAUGUAUAUACGAUUUCGCCUUCACAAGAAUAGCUACCUCAUAUUGGGAGUAAAAUACAUAAUGCCUGCUCACUGUAAUUGUAAAUUUAUUUGUAUAUACCAAGAUUAUGUUUUUUAUAUUUAUUUAUAUUUGAUUGUAUAUAUUGUAACUUUUACUUUUGGGUAUUUUUAUAUUCAUGAAUUUUUUGCAAUGUUUACGUAUUUAAACAGUAUUUUCUAUGCAAAUGAGCUUUAAGAAAGCUUUUUGUAGUAUAUUAAUGUAAAUAUGUCUUCAUGGUAUUUAAGCAAACCUUGUUACUGUAUAUAAAAAGUGUAUAGUGAAUGCAAUUUAUAAAAGACAAUUUCGUUUAAUUAGAAUGUUUGGGUUAUGUCAGUGCCAUAAUUUGGAAAGAUGUUCCAGUGUAACUUAUCAAAAUAAUUUCUGUGUAGGGUCCCUUUGUAAAUUAAUGUUUUCUGUAAUGCAGCAUCCAACAAUUCUCUUAUUUUAUUCACCUGACAAACAGCUUCUUUAAUCAUAAUUGUUAACUAAUGUACAGCUUUUUAAGAAAAAUUAUUGUGCAAGUCAGUCCAAUGCUUCUGUUCCCUAUAGUGAAAUAAUCAAGUACUUUGUGGGUCAAGGUUCCUAUGGUUCCAGUAAAUAUUGUACUUGCAGUUCUCCUAUGAGUGGAUGUAACAAAUAUUUUCUUUUCUUAUGACUAAAGGCGUUUAAGAGUUUCAGAUAUAUAAAGCUGAUGAUAUAA